UGGCAUGCUCAAUAGAACAACAAUUUCAGCGGUCACCUUAUACUCACCGGUGACCCUCAGCGGGGACUGGCCGAAAGUGGGCCGACUGAUAUUUAUGGUCGCACUAUCAACCAUAGGGACCAUCCUCAAUGGCUUCUUCGUGGCUUCUUUCUUCGUGGAAUACAGUCUCAGAAGAGUUGGCUUCGUCUUUCUCGCUUGCGUCGGCCUGGCUGAUUUGUUAAUAACCGGUGGUGUGAUGCCGAUAUCGUCUGUGGUGCUUCUAUCUGGAGAGUGGGACAACGAGUUCGUUUGCAAUGUGCAGCAGUUCCUCGCAGUUUCGGCGACUUAUUGCUACAGCCUGUUCUUUAUGUGCGUGGCAGCUGAAAACUACCUAAGGCUGUGCUGCUCCCAGGCCGCAUAUGAUAUGCUAAUCAACUGUAACGUCGGCUUCAUCUCUGUGUUUAUCUUUCUAUUGAGCUUCUCUCUCGGUGGCGUUGGCGUUUACUUGGGCCUUGAUUAUGACUACUGUAAGCGCGCAUACAUCGGCAACAGCUACUACAGAGUGAUAUCAACAGCAUUGUUCCAUGCUUUGCCAUCCGCUUGCACAAUAUUCUGUCUCAUUUCGUCCUACUACGGAGUACGUCGCCGCGCGAGCCAACAAAUAAGUUACAGGCGCUCCCUUGCUUACGGACGCGACAGCUCGAUCGCUACGUUAAAUAUUAUUGCAUAUUUGUUCUUUUUCUCGGCCUGGAUACCGUAUUUGAUCUUCUCCAUCGAUUUACCGGGCGUCACCGAUACUAAAUACUAUUAUAGUAUUUGGAUUGGCCUCGGGCGUUCGGUGUUUACGAGCUUUAUGUACGGUAUCCUGAACCGAAAUUUCCGUCGCGCGUUCGCUCACCUUUUUAACUAUUGCUGUUGUAAGAGCACCCUGUCAGGUCCGCUAGCGAGCCGUCAUCGCAGGGAAUAUAGACAAGGGACCAGUGAUGUAAGGGUGCACAUUAUGCACCAAGCGGUUAGUACAAGUAGCCCUCAGCGAGCCACUUCUUCUAUCCGCGAAACUCAAGAGUUGUAAAAUAAUAUCUUGACGACUAUAUCUAAUAAUAUAUGUGCAUAAAAUAAAAUCUUAUUAAUGCUUCACCCUUAAAUCUCCAGAUUUGAUGUUAAAAAUCUAAAUAAAAAUAUCAGCCCAUUGAUGUUUAGCUCGUGAAUUUUAAAUUAUUGCUGUUAUCAUCAGGAAGUCUUUCUUAAUUUCGCUUGAAAACUUGAAAGUGCAGCUUAACCCGAUGCAAGUAUGUUUCUACUGUUUCCGUCCGCCAUUCUUAAGAUUCUGUGAAACUUUCAAAUAAGUUGUUGCGACGUUAUCUUGUUAUUUUCUAUCUGGUAAAUCAAAAUACAAUUUUAUAUAAAUAUGCAAUUUCUUUACAAAAGGCCAGCAUAUUAAGAUAAUAUGGAGGGUUAUGCAUUUAUUCUUA